AUGUCUGGCACGCCCUACUCACAGCGCCAUCUGAAUAGACCGGCUGCCCAGCAACGGACGGAAUCACUUCUCCCGCCACAUGAAUCUGAGGCCAUCACCAGCAUCCCAGUUACCCCAGGAAUCUCUCAGGGCACAUACGGCGACCCCAACGAUGGGAUCCCAACGUCAAGGGGGGGCCAGUCUCAAUCUCAAUCUGGCAGGCAAGAGUACUUCCCUCGACGACCAGCCAACAGGGCGCUUGCUCAACCGUCUACUUUGUCGCAAUUUGGUGAUGGGAUUCUUGCUGGAUCGCGGCAGGGCGAGGUUUCUUUAAGCGGGACUGUCCUCUCUGCCACAUUUACUCUGCCUCAGCUGCUGCGAUAUCGCAAAGGAGAGAAAUGGGAAUUAGAGCACAAAAACCAUUGUUCUACCCAUCUAGACUCGCUCGCAUAUCUCUCUUCGAAAGAGAGUCCAUGGGAUCACACAGUCAUCGCGUGGACUGGGGAAAUAUAUCCUGUGUCAGACGAUGCAUCAUCUUCGCACGAGCAACUCCAAGAAUCCAACCCGGCGUCAACGACUACCUCGCUUGGUGGGCACUCACAAGGCAACGACGACAUCGUUUCCGCAGAGACAUACAUUUCCCGCAACAGCAAAGCAGCCCUUGAAGAGAAGCUGUAUAAUGACCACAUGCGGACCUUGCCAGUCUGGCUUGCAGACGACCGCGAUAUCACGGACGGUGGAAUCAAGUUGAAGCAGCAAUCGAGAUGGAGACGCUAUGCCGAACAUGAUCUCUGUGCAUUGUUCCACUACAAGCAACGUCCUCCCACAGAUGGUCGUCAAGCGGAGACUAGGUGGGACGACUACCACCGAAUGAAUAAGGCAUUUGCAGAUAGAAUCUGCCAAGUAUACAAGCCGGGCGACAUGGUGGUGGUUCACGACCAUUAUUUGAUGCUUCUGCCAGAACUCCUUCGGCAGCGUCAUCCAGAUAUGCACAUCGUCUUCUUCCUCGAGUCGCCUUUCCCAUCUAGCGAGCUCAUUCGAUGCUUGCACCGGCGAGAACGGAUAUUGAACGGGAUUCUUGGAUCCGAUCUUAUCUGUUUUCAAGCCUUCCACUUUUUGCAGCACUUUGCCAACUCUUGCACCAGAAUCCUUGGCUACAAUGCCAACAAAGGAUGGGUUGAAAGUGCUAGAGGACGAGUUCAUCUGACUGUGCUCCCAUCAGGAAUCAAUAUUUCUAAGAUAACAACCUUAGGUUUCUCACCCGCAGUCGACAAAAUGCAUGAGGAACUGCGUAAGCUAUACAAAGGGAAAAAGGUCAUCAUCGGCUGCGACACGAUGAGCCGCCUAGGAGGAGUGCACAAGAAGCUCCAGGCUUUCGAAUGCUUCCUCGAACGAUAUCCAAGCUGGCGGCACCACGUCGUCCUGGUGCAAAUCACAAGCCCGGCCACAAUGGAAGACGAUGACGGCGAUAACAUGCUCUAUGCGCGCCAGGUCAACGACAUGGCUAGCUCAAUCAAUCAGACCUACGGCUCUCUCGACUUCACCCCCGUUCAGAUACACACUCAAAGACUAUCGCAGGAGGAUUAUUUUGCUGUUUUACGACUCGGAGACAUUGCCGUCAACACAUGUGUGCGAGAAGGGAUGAGCACGACUAGUCUGGAAUAUAUCGCGUGCCAAACAGAGAGCCACGGGCCCCUCAUCAUAUCGGAGUUCAGCGGAACGGCCAGUAGCUUGGAAGAGGCAAUUCGAAUCAAUCCGUGGGACGUUGGCCAAGUGGCUGAUGAGAUUAACAAUGCUUUGACGAUGUCGCAGGAACAGCGAACUCGUAUGCACAGGGCUCUAUAUCAGCGCGUUGUGGAGGGAAAUGUUCAACUUUGCGUUAGCACCAUGCUGCGACGACUGAUCAAAGUGCUCAAACUUGACGAAAGCCAUAACAAUAGAUAG